CCCGCCACCCCUACGCAAGAUUGGCCCGAAGAUACACUUUUGGAAGACUCGCCUCUGACCUACGCGCUGUGACAUGCCGCAGACCGGACAACCCUACGCUGCUAACCCGCACAAUAUGCUGCAGCGCCGUCAGCGUGUGUCGAUUGGCUUCGUAGAAGCCCGACCUGUUUUCAACCAUGACCCGUUCAACGGCCGGAUCAAGCUCCAUCUCCUCCGCCCGCGCUAUGAACGAAUCAAUCUCCGGUGGGUUCUGCGUUAGCAGUUCUAGAGGUCGAGCAGCAACUGUGGCUAUAAUGAGGCGGGGGAGGUCGAGGAAGCUUCGUCGCUUGCGGAGGGCGGAGACGCGUAGUCACGAGGAGACACACAAUCGAGGGGGCCGGAGCGACGUAACAUUGGGCAGUGGCGCUUUGCGGAUCGCAUACGUAAACGUACGGGGACUGGACCACGAGACGUGGGAGCGUUUACUGGCCCUGAUUGCACCCGGUAAGCUAGACUUGAUCUUUGUCGCGGAGACGUGGUAUAUGGGCUUCGAGAGGUACACGGCCGCACCGGCUACGAUUGCCUUCACACCCAGACCGCCGACGAAAACCGGUGCACGAUACAACGGCGGGCUUUGCUU